ACAGAUGUAUUAAAAACACCAGCGGGAAACACGCUUUAGAAAGGGAAGAAAAUUAAUUUAGUGACAGAAGUAUAAUUUUUAAGAAAUAGAUAAGUUAUGGGUUAUUUUUUGUUUGUUUAAAUAAAAUUCGGUAUGGAUAACUUUCUGAAGUUAGAGAAGAUCGGCGAAGGAACGUACGGCGUGGUUUAUAAAGCGAAAGAUAAAGUAACUGGAUCGCUCGUUGCAUUGAAGAAAAUUCGACUCGAAAGUGAAGCUGAAGGUGUUCCAAGUACUGCAAUAAGAGAAAUUGCUCUUUUGAAAGAACUUAAGCAUACAAAUGUAGUCAGAUAUGGUGGUAUUGCUAGCUACUUGUGGCAACUUCUUCAAGGUAUUGCUUAUUGUCAUUCACAUAGAGUACUACAUCGAGACCUUAAACCACAGAAUUUGUUAAUAGAUAUAGAAGGAAACAUAAAAUUAGCUGAUUUUGGAUUGGCUCGUGCUUUUGGAGUGCCACUUCGUUCAUAUACGCAUGAGGUUGUAACUUUAUGGUAUCGUGCUCCAGAAAUUCUUCUUGGAACUAAGUUCUAUUCUACUUCAGUAGAUGUAUGGAGUAUUGGAUGCAUAUUUGCUGAAAUGCUGACUCGUAGAGCUCUAUUUCCUGGCGAUUCUGAAAUUGACCAGUUAUUUCGUGUCUUUCGAACACUUGGCACGCCAGAUGAUAGAAUUUGGCCUGGUGUUAGUCAUUUACCAGAUUAUAAAUCAUCAUUUCCAAAGUGGACUGCUCAAGACAUUGGAAAAUUUGUGCCUUGUUUAGACCGUGAAGGACAAGAUUUACUUCUAAAAUUACUUACAUAUCAUCCAGAGAAACGAGUGUCUGCGAGAGAUGCUCUCAAUCAUCAUUACUUUAAGGAUGUCACUGUUCAGCCACCACCAAUAUAAUGUGUUCCUCUCAAAUUUAAUUUAUCAAUAUUACUUAAAAAUAUUGCAGAAAGUGUCAUUUAAAUUUAAGUUAACAUUUUAAAUUGAAUUUACUUUUUAAAUUUUAUAGUAAAAUAUAUUUUUUAAUUCAUUAUUUAGCCAAUUAGUUAUGCAUAAGUAAAUAAAUUCAAAAGAUUAAUUAGUCUCUAUAAAAGGCUAUAUGCAUAAGUUUUUAUUACACAAUUUUAUAUAUCAGAUAAACAAUAACGUUUCUUGCUUGCAAUGCAAAUCCGAGGAAACCAGAUAUCCGGGAAAGAUUUUUAACUUUGGAAAAAUCUCUUUUGUGUUGCAAGCAAGUAAUGUUACUGUUGAUAUGAAAAUACUAUUUUAAUAAUUAUAUUGAAAUAUUAUUCAUUGAGUUGAAUUGAAUUAUGAAUAUGUUUAAAAUAAUUUUACUUAUUUUUUUAUUAAUAUGUAAGCAUUUUUGAUAUUGAGAGGAAUUAGUCUCAAACAUUCCGACAAACUUUUCAAUUACAGAAAUCAAAUGUCAGUUAAUGCCAUUCCCAUGCCAUAUAUAUAUUACUUAUACUUGUUAUAUCUUAACUUAAAUAUCACAUAAUUUUGUAUUUAGAAUUUUUAAUGUUCCAAUAAGACUAUUUUAUGAAUCAUAUUUAA